UUAGGUUACAUACACUCUUCUUCGUUACUGUUCUUCUUGGAUCAACAAAAGCCUCCUCUACCUCCCUAUAUUUUCUCCUCCUCUCAUAGCUUUUCUUUAUGGAUAGCAUCAGCAGAAACACCAGUCGGCCUUGGGAUCCGGAGAUGAGCAUGGGGAGCCAGUUCCUUUCUAAUUACAUCCCCUUGGAAUUGCCAUUCCACGCCCACAUCCACCCCCCGAGCUUCCCCAGAAGAGGGAUGGAAGGGGACCAUGAAGCAGAUGAGGAGGAAGCUUUGGGCGCCGUGAAGGAGAUGAUGUACAGGAUCGCCGCCAUGCAGCCGGUGGACAUCGACCCCUCGACGAUCAAGAAGCCCAGACGCCGCAACGUCCGGAUCAGCGACGACCCGCAGAGCGUGGCCGCGCGCCUCCGGCGGGAGCGCAUCAGCGAGCGCAUCCGCGUCCUGCAGCGGCUCGUCCCGGGGGGCACCAAGAUGGACACCGCCUCCAUGCUCGACGAGGCCAUCCGGUACGUCAAGUUCCUCAAGCGGCAGGUGCAAGAGCUGCAGGCCAGCCCUCAGUCACACGUGGUUCACGUCGGGGCAGUGGUCGACGGGAACCCGGUCGCGGGUGCGGAGUGGUCCCACGCCUCUUCGCCGUCCUCCUCCUCCUCCGCCAUGGGAGCUCCUCCUCCUCCUCCUGUAUUAGAGUUUGGCUUCGAUGAGCAGGGCGCCCACCACCCGGUGCACUAAGCUUCAAUACAUGGAAGUGAUUUAUAACAAAGUACAAUGCAUAAUUGCAUGCGAGAUUUUGGUGGCUAAGAUGUAAUGCGUACAUCAAUCUAGAAGACACACAUGAAAGCAAUAAGUGUUGUGAUGUUCGUAGAACUGCUACAUUUGCAAUUUGAUCAUAUUUUAUGUUGUGUUCUCUCAUCUUUUUGUUGUGUUAUCGUUCAUGUACCGUCACAUGGUUGACUAAAUGGACUCCGAAUCAUGAUCGAGAGUACCUUUGGCUCACCUACAACUUGUUGAUGCUGCUCCCUAUGAGAAUAUUGUAUUCAUUA